AGUGGCUUUAGCUGGUAAUGACGGGGAAGGAGAUUUUAUUGUGGCAUCACAUAUCUAGCUUCAUCCUCUACACACUCUGCUUAAUAGAUCCACUUCGCAGUAUUAACUUUACCUGAGAGUUGACAACACCAAAUAGCUCUACACACCUGUCUGUUGGUGGAAGUGAUCUGCACAAUCGUGCAUUGCACCAGGAGUAGUAAAUAUACGUAUAUCCUUGUUGCACAUCCAUCAUAAAAGUGUACAAUCUACGUAUGCAAAUAAGUAUUAGUCGAGUGAAUUGGAUGAAUUGCAUUACUUUUAAACGACAAUCGUCCGUAUACAUGCACUCGCUCACCCUCGCUCACGGAACAUAAAUUCCAUUCCUAUUGACUUACGGAACUGAAGCGUAUUAUUAGCAAGUUAUACACAAUACAAGCAAUCAAUUUGGCAAGGAAUUUUCAACAACAGCCACACCAAUUAUUAGUGUUGUUUGGUUCAUCGGACGUACAACUUGUUUGCACUUGUGUUAGUGGCAUACCAAUUUUCAGCAAUUUUGGAAACAAGGAGAAGAAAAAUUGCAUUGAACUUCAAGAUCUUUUAGCAGUGCAGCAAGACAUAUUUAGCAUAACAUUUGCAACGCGUGGGUGAACUUCUCCAUAUUAAGGACGACAAUAUGGCCAGCAAAUCCAGGAAGUACGAGCCAAUUUCGCCUGGGAGUCACGGGUAUGGGUCGGCCACAUCUACGCCAACCCCUGGAAUCGGUAUGCCUGUCCAACGACCCAAGACGCCAACGAUGAAAUCGAGGAUAGAAGAAAAAAAUGCCUUAAUCGGUCUCAACAACAGGCUUGCAAAUAUUUUGCAGAGAAAGCAAGAAUUGGAAGAUGAGAACUCCUUGCUGGGCAAAGAGCUUGUGGCCGAAAGGGAAAAUACGAUAAAAACAUUGACACGACUUCAAACGACGUAUGACACAGAGUUGGAUAACCUUCGAAAACUGUUGGAAGAUAGUGAAAAGGAUCGAGCCAAGUUGGGCAUGAACUACGACAAGAAAGCGAAUGAAGUUCAAAUGCUACAAAACAAAUUGGCCCAACUCAAGGCACAGAUUGAAAAGCUCACGUCAGAUUUGAUGAAGUCGCACGAUGACAGGGACAAACUGGCCAGAGAUAAUUCGGAUCUUCUCGACGAAAACGCUCGUCUUAUCCAAGAGCUGGAAGAGAUGCGAAAUGGUUUGGAGAGAGCAGCCAUGCAAAAAAUUGAGCUUCAAAGCCAUAUCAAAGGAAAUGCUGAAGAAUUUGCAGUCAAGACCCAAAUUUUCGAACAAGAAAUUGAGAACUUCAAAAAACACAGAGAGAUUGAAAUCAAUGAAAUGGAUAACCGACUUCAGAAGAAAUAUGAGUCAAUGCUCGAAAAUGAUAUACAAGCAUUGAGAGACGAAUUUGAUCGCCAAGCCCAGGCGAGCAGGGAAGCAAUGGAGAACUUGUACAACGCCAAGGAAGCUGACCUUAAAAACCAAAUCAAGAGGUUGAAAGACACAAUCACGAGCAAGGGUGAUGAGCUCAGCGCUGUUCAAUCCAAGUUGGAAUCAAUCACCCAAAAGUUGUCGCAAUUGGAGGGCGAACGGGUUUCAUACCAGCAAAUGAUUCGAGAUUUGCAAAAGAAAAUCCAGGACGAUGAGGAGGCGUAUGCUCGGGACAGGGCUCGACUCGAGGGUGAGAAUGAAGAUCUUCGGCGACAGAAGGAAAAUCUCAUCAAGGAAUAUCAAGAUUUAUGGGAUACUAAAACAGCGCUGGACAAUGAAAUUGCUACUUAUCACGUCCUCCUCGAAGGGGAAGAAAGACGAUUAAGCAUGGAACCGGUGAAAGGAAGUCCACGCCAGACAACUACGACUAGACGUGAGACAACGGCAUCGUCAAGUAUCAAGUCCUCAUUUACAGUUGUUUAAACUUGAAUUAAAAUAAUAGCAAAGAAAACAACUAAAAUUUUUGUGAAAAAUGUUUAGGCACAAAAUUAUUCGUGUAAAUAACUUCACUGCCUAUUUUUAUAAUAGAAGAGAUUUAACCUACACUGCUUAUAAUGUGAUUUACUAGAAUAAUUUCUAUAUAAAAAUUCUCUAAAAAAAUUGGCGUAUUUUAAAUAGCUCUCUAAGCCACUGUUUUCAAUCCCGUUAAGGCGUACUCCGUCCGUAUAUUACAAAAUUCCGUCGGCAUUAGAAUUAUUCAAUUGGUUUAUUUUUUUGGUAAUAGUGGAUAUCUAAAUUAUGAAUUGUUAUUGGGCUGCUAUUAUAAACAGAAAAUUUACAAGCUGUGCUAAAUAUGAUUAUGAAUAGUAGUACUAAUAAAUUCAGAUUUCAUUAAUAACAAGCA